AUGAUAAUAUUUUUCGAAACUGAGGAGUCCGCCAAAAGAGGUACUGCAAAAGGGUUACUAUGUUUAAUGUUUGUAAUCGAGGAAGAUUUCUGUUUACUGAAAGCUAGUUUCUUACUUUUCUUAAAAGGAAAGGAAAAACUUAUUGCUGAGUUAUUUCCUUCUAUGUUUGAAGUCCUCAAAAUUUUAUAAACAGCAAUCACGAAGUUUAUUCAUUUAUCAAUUAUAAGUGUUUCUUCAUAUCAUCUCAGAUUCCCUAUUGAAAUAUCUAGUUUUUCCUGAAAUUUUCAAUGAUAGAUUAUAUUUCAACUGUUUUCCUUAAUUUUUCAAUAUAUUUCAGUUCUUCGCUUCCACGAGGCCUUAGAUAGAAAUUGGAUGGCAGAUGGAGAAAAAAAGGUGACUUCUUAAUUCUUUUGUGUGAAAAUAAGAAAAUUGUUCUCUUUAUUUCUCGCUUCUUUUGAUACGAUAUGAUUAAUUGAUAUUUUCUUUUUGACAUUCUCUUAAGGAAGACAUAUUGCAUUCAGGGAUUGAAGAGAGGCAACGUGACUUGAGACGGCGUCUGAUCAAUUAUUGUCGGGCAAAUAAACACAAACGUGGUUUGCCAAGCUUGUAUCGCUUUCAAGUGAUCGAGUCUCCUCCCAUCGUCUUCUGCAUGGUCCCUAGAAUAGCAAGUCGUCAAUGGAGGGCCACAUUUAAGCAACUGAGACAACAAGCAGGGCAGAGGUUGUCAAAUCUUGAUCAAUACGUCUUCACAGAUGUUUGGAAUUACCUCCAUAAAUCAUACAAGAUCAUGUUCGUCCGAGAACCUUUUGAUUGGUUAUUGUCAGCUUACAAGGACAAGUUUGCAUCUACGAGAACAGUGGAUCGAUACAUGCUGGAGACGUAUGGCAGAAAAAUCAUCAGAAAGUUCCGUCCGAAUGCCACCAAAAGAGCUCUGGAAGUGGGCGAUGACGUUACAUUUCCGGAAUUCAUAGAAUAUAUUUUAAAGGAAGGCAUACAUGAGCAACUCAACUGGCACUGGAAUACUUACGAUGACCAGUGUAGGCCCUGCAGCGUGGACUUCAACUUCAUCGGUCGCUUUGAGUCCCUUGCCCGAGACGCACGAUAUGCGUUGAAGAAAGCUGGAGUUUUAAAUUUCACACAAUUUCCAACAAACAGUAAUUAUCCUAAGAGGAGAGACGAACUGAUAAAGCAUUAUUCUCAGAUCCCGCCCGAGUGGAUUAUGGAGUUGGGUCGUGUUUACCGAAGCAGUUUCGAAAUGUUUGGGUAUCCGUUUCCAGGUCCUCUCAAGGUCCUUUUAAAAAACGACACUGGUCAAACGGGAAAUUCUGGUCACUCUGGAAUUGCAGGUCAGACUGGUAAUCCUUAA